UUUAAAAUCGAAAAAUCAGAACCAACAACUUGACAACACUGGAAGCAUCUAGUGGCUGGUGUUACACGCAUACAGUUACACCGCACCGUAGUGACUACCGCGAGUGCAGUCAGCGUAUCGUAACGUGAGUGUGUGUGAAUGUAUGCGUACGCUACAAACCCGGGUAGUGUGUUAGUUUGUGUACGAGACUAAACACGGGGAACGGCCGCCGCCGCUGCCGCGGCAGACCAAGAGAAAAGCUCGAAGGAGAAAGAGUUUAGAGACGUACAGACAGCGCUACACAGCAGUGGCUACAAAGAUGGCCGAUCUGGACGCAGUGAAUCUCGGUUUGGACGAAACCGAGCGAGACAUCGCCGAGGAGCUGGAAAAUAGCUACGAUACGCGUAGCGAGGCUUCCGGGGUAAGUUCCGACAGUACAACCACGAAUCCCAGCAUCAGCGAGGUCAGUUCCGACUCGUCGGACGAUGACGACGACGAGGACGAUGAGGAGAAUACCGAGCGAAGAAAUUCUGCCAAUAAGAAGCAGCAGCAGCAGAAGAAGAAGGGCAAGAAAAAGGAGGAGAAAGGAGAGUCGAAGAAAGAUGGGGAGAAAGAUGGUGGAGCUUCCACGGCGAAUAACAGUACCAAGAAGGAGCGGAAAUCUCGUAGCCGGAGCCCACAGUCUUCGGCGGCGGCAGCAGGUGCCGCUACGGAGAAGAAAAGUGGCCGCACCAAGAACAGCUCCGCCAAGAACUCGGUCAAGUCGUACGACUACAUUACCAAGAUCAAUUAUCUCUUCCGGGAGACGAGAUUCUUUCUGAUUAAAUCGAAUAACACUGAGAAUGUGACAAUUUCCAAGACAAAGGGCGUGUGGUCAACGCUGCCGCCGAACGAGGCCAACUUGAACCAAGCAUUCCGGGAGAGCCGUAAUGUGAUUCUGGUGUUUUCGGUCAAGGAGAGCGGCAAGUUUGCCGGGUUCGCACGGAUGGCUGCAGAGGCACGCAGAGAUCUCCCCGCCGUAGAGUGGGUUCUUCCGCCGGGAAUGUCGGCCAAAGCUCUGGGCGGUGUCAUCAAGAUUGAUUGGGUGUGCAAGAAAGAGUUGCCGUUUACCAGCACCACCCAUCUGUACAACCCAUGGAAUGAGAAUAAACCGGUCAAGAUUGGUCGUGAUGGUCAAGAAAUUGAGCCGAAGGUCGCAGAAGAACUCUGUCGACUGUUUCCGGAAGACACAGCCGUUGAAAUGACUCCGAUUCUCAAAAAGUCCAAGGAAGCUUCGAAGCAGAUGAAGGAGAAAGCUGCCUCCAAGACGUUCAGGCGCCCUCCAAACUUUUCCCGUCCGACCAGUUCCUUCAGGGGUGGCCGUGGUGGCCCUGGAGGCGGUGGUGGUGGUGGUGGUUUUGGACCCAUUCGAGGUGGUCGUAGGAAGGUGUUCCAGGGUAAGGGACGCCCGUCGAUGUUUCCACCGUAUCGCAAAGACAAUCGCCGAGGACACGGCCCAAGAAUGCCUCCGGGUAUGGAUAGGGCUGCGGCGGCAGCUGGAGCGGCUGGGUUCCACGGAUGGGAACGUUACAGUAGCACCGCCGCUGCAGAGGCUUACGUUGCCGACUACAUGCGUACGAUGCAGCACCAGCUUCCUCCGAUGCCGUACGCGCCACCACCCGGUUUCCCAGGAAUGCCGAUGCCCUACGAAGGGUUGCCGCCGCCACCGCGCUACUACGAAGGCCUGCCCAUGCCGGAGUAUCCGCUUCCACCGGGAGCCAUCCCGGGCAGCGUUACCGGAACCACGAGCGUUCCACCUCCGCGCGGUGGUCCGUACGACAAGUACGAUGAGUUCAUGUGGAAACCACCGCCAGGUCCGCCCGGCACGACACCGCUUCCCACGUCAGCCGGCGCGGCAGGCCUUCCGUCGAUGAAGGGACCGCCACCUCCGUUACCGAACUACCACGUUCCCCCGCCCUCGGCUCCUAUGUCCGCCGGUGGCCCUUCGCAUGGGGGGCGCAAAAACGACCGAGGUGACAAGAUGGACCGGAACCACCGGAACGAUCGCCGCGGCAGAGGCUACAACAACCGGGACCGGCGAUGAUUCGAAGAUUCAUCGCCUUCGCAUCGAAUUCCUGCUGACAGGCUCCGCAGCCACCGCUGAACAUACGGUACCAAAGACCUGUCCUACUAGCUGUGUGACCACCACGCAACAAAAACCAGACCGUACCACACACGCAUACAUCGUUGCAGUUGUCGCAUGAGUCCUACCGGAUAUCCGGUGGCUUACCGGCGACAUCAUCAUCAUCUUCAACAACAACAACAACAACCGACCCCCAGCGCAGUCCGUCAGGAGGCCAAUGAAACAAGUGAUCUCUCGCGGCUCGUGUUCCCGUUAGUUUCGAAACUAUGAAGAAGAAUAAGAAGAAGACAGUGAUUUGUGGUUGUGUUUGCAUUUGUGUUACUACGGCCAAAUCGAAGAGUGGGAAAAGGCCGCGUAAAUCUCUCUCGCUGAAUGCAAACACGCCAAAUGCUCGACUCGGUUCCUCUUAAAGAACUAGGCUUUUUUGGUCAGUGUGUGACGCAUUUCUCAAGUGAUUUUUGCAGUAAUGAUGGAUUUUGUGCAAACGAGAGGAAGAGAAAAUCAUAGUUUGGGAAGAACUUUUCUAGCAGAUUGGUGGUGAUGAUAAAAUCUGUUCUAAAAAAGCGUUAAAAGUAUUCUCACAUAUUAAGUUGAUUACACCUAAAUAAAUAUAUAUUUGUGAUUGUCUGUCGGUCCGUAGCAGAAGAUCAGCAAGGACUUAGUGCAAAAAGUUACGACGCUGAAUAGAAGAAAAAAAAAUGUUUACAGACUCUGCUGGAAGAGAGCGAAGAAAAUUUAAAGCAAGAAAAAAAGUGUAACUGUGUUUAGAAAGUUAAAUACGCAAGCAAACAAAUCUUCGAUUAUUGCUAUUGCUAGUAUGCUACUAAAAUAUUUACCUACCCUAUAUAAAGAUGAACAGUAUAGUACACAACUACUAUAUAUCGACAGGCGAAGCAAACAAAAAAACGCAAAAUGAAAUUUAAAUUAUGAACUUUUACUGGUAAUCAAAUAAAGGUUAAGAAACAACCAAUUCGAGUGAGAUGAACUUUUUCCCAAACUAGUGUGAAUAAUACCAAAGAAUGUUUGCGCCAACCUGACGGUGGUGGCGCCCGUGGUGCUACCUUCUUUCCCUAUGGACGUUCCGACAACUGCAUCUAUUCCACUGCCUGGGGACUACUCGCCGCCGAGUUCUGGUGGUUUCUAAGAGCGCGAAGAGCAAAUGUGAUACAAAGUGUGUGGUGAAAUUUUGAAUGGACUGCCCCCUCGGCACCAGAAUGGGACUCAUUCCUUUCCUUCCCACCAUCAUCAAGCCGGCAAAGUGAGAGGUGACCAAACCGGCCCCGAAAAAGAGACUGCAUUUUAAACCUUGCUUGCCUCCUGAAAAAAAAAAAUAAACUGCAAGCAAGAGUUGCCCCUCUGGAUUCCAUGAAUCCGAAUCUGCUUACUUCCACAAAUCAUAAAACGGGUGCUUUUUGAAAGCGCCACAGUGUGAUUGGACUGGAAAAUUUCAACGACGCGCAUACUUAAUCUCCCCCUCGCUAGGAGAUCAAGUGACGUGACGUGAUACGCCAGACAGAGAGAGUGUGUACGAGAGUGGGAGACCGAUCCGUGCUAUCCAGAACCGACACAAGGAGAAGGGGUUGAUGACAACAGUUCCGGUUCCGCGUCUCGUACGAAGACUGCAUAAGAUUAAAGAUACUAUUUAUUAUGUUAUUUAAAGAUGAGAUAGUGGUUCCUUGCAACUAUUUUUGUAAUACAGAUAUUGCCCGUUUGUAUUUAUA